UUUAUUAUUGUCUUUAAUUGUUUAUGUACCAUAGCAUAAUCAAUGAAACACAACAUCAAAACACUGUGCUGAUGAGAUUGUCUUCUUGCUGCUUUGACACUGACUUUUGCCUAUCUUGUGUUUUUUUUUGUCCUUCUUUAGCAGUUGAGGACAAAGGCGGUCUGCCGAAGAAACCACUCAGCUCCUCUGAAAGACAAGGAGCCGGGGAAGCAAAGAGAAGAAAACGUUCCUGUGAAGAUCUUUCACAGAAGCCACACUCAGACUCUCCACUGUCUGCUGCUCCUGCGUCGACUUCUUUAUUGGAGGCUCCUGCAUCAGCCUCAUUAGUUCCUGGCCAGUCUUCGUCAUCGGCUCCUGCAUCAGCCUCAUCAGUUCCUGGCCAGUCUUCUUCAUCGGCUCCUGCAUCAGCCUCGUCAUUUCCUGCCUCGGCUUCUUCAUCGGCUCCUGCAUCAGCCUCGUCAGUUCCUGCCUUGGCUUCUUCUUCGGCUCCUGCAUCAGCCUCGUCAGUUCCUGCCUUGGCUUCUUCUUCGGCUCCUGCAUCAGCCUCGUCAGUUCCUGCCUCGGCUUCUUCAUCGGCUCCUGCAUCAGUCUCGUCAGUUCCUGCCUUGGCUUCUUCUUCGGCUCCUGCAUCAGCCUCGUCAGUUCCUGCCUCGGCUUCUUCAUCGGCUCCUGCAUCAGCCUCGUCAGUUCCUGCCUCGGCUUCUUCAUCGGCUCCUGCAUCAGCCUCGUCAGUUCCUGCCUCGGCUUCUUCAUCGGCUCCUGCAUCAGCUUCUGUGUCAGCUUCUGACGUUCAACCUAGAAGGUCAUCUGGUGGGUCAACACACAGUGACCCAGCACAUUCUGAGGUGUUAUUUGAGGGUUGGCACAAGAUGUGGGAGUCUGGUCUUCAUGGGCUGCCCAGUGCAGACAUACUGUGGCUUAAGGAGGAUGCUGAAAGGGGACUCUUUCAGAGGGCCAUGUCUUAUAAAGACAAACAUGGAAACAGAAAGUGGAGGAAAGUCCUGAAGGAUGACCGGAUGUGGUUUCACCCUCCAGAAUUUCCUGGAGUGGUGGAAGGAAAAGUCCCCUCAGCAGACUCCUUUUUUCACAGCUCCGUUUUUUUCUGGAGACCAGUCGGUGUGUGGCGUUACAGUCUUCGGUGCCCAAGGUCUGACUGCCUAGCACGCACCAAUCAGAAGGCUUUUCUCUACCGUUGUGGGUAUUCAUCCACGGUAAGACAGAUCUGCCACAUGUCUGGCUGGUACUCCAUGCUGACUGAGGUCCUGGCAUGCAACGCCUGUAGAAAGGCUGCAAAGGAGUCGGAAGAGCAUACUAUUGGUCGUUUCCUGUCAUGGGAUCAGUGCAUCCUUAAUCAGCUCAGUCCAGCUCACAGAGCGGUGUUUUCUGCUGUCUUGACGCUACGGCGUGGCGUGGACAAGCAGGUGAUCCGCCUGAUGAGGGAUCGCACUGAGGGAAACACCAUGGUGAAAGUUUGGAGACAGGUGCAGGAGAGCCACUGCGAGGACUAUCUGCAGAGAAAGGACUUGUACACCACUCUUCUCAGCCAGUACAACAAACCUGGGAAGAUCACUCGGAGUUUGUGCCAGCAGUUCCAGCGACCACCAGCACGGAGAGAGCCGACAUCUGCCAGACUGAUGAGAAAGGCGUUCCUUAUCUCAGAGGCAGAUAACAUCGAGGACUACCGUACUCAGAUUAUGUCCACAUUUGGGCAAGUCCUGAAGUACGACUCCACCAAGAAGAUCUGCAAGAAACUCUCCGGCGAUGGAAAAGGCACUGCAGAGUGGUGUACCAAUGUGGCCAAUGAGCAGGGGCAGAUCCUCAUAUCUGUUCUCACCUGUGAGGAGUCAUUGGAGAAGAUGAGGCAGAUGGCUGAAGGCCUCAUGGAGAGGUACAGGAGAGCUGACGAGGCACCGCCCGAACUCAUGUAUGUGGAUCGUGGCUGCUGUCGCGUCCACGCUGUGUCCUCGGUUGAGCAGCUCUUCAGUGACUGGACGGACAGGGGCAUGCUGGUACGGCUGGACAUCUUUCAUUGGAUCCAUCGAUUCGAUGCAGCCCUACGGACAGAUCAUCAUCCAAAGUAUGCCCUGUUCAAGUCUGCCCUCUCUGCUGCCGUCUUUGCCUACAACAAAGACGACAUGGCUCUUCUGGUACAGGCGAUACGUGCCGGUCACCCAACCAACUAUGCCUCCCUGACUGACAGCCAGAUCAUCGAGCUGCGUGUCAGUAAAUAUGACCUCAGCCAUUACGUCAGGAGGAUCACAGUUGGUGCACAGGAAUUGAUCUCCUGAAGGG